GCGCGAGGAAGACGACGACUGGCGAUCGCACGCAAUGUACGCGUCGCAUGCGACACAUGACGAGCAGAGGCCACAUCGCGAUGGCCGACGGCGCGACGCACGGCGACACGAGGGAUGCCACGAUCGCGAUGAACAAUUGGACGAAAGGGCAAGUACACGACCAAAAAUUGUCAUGCCCACGUUCACGGGGAUAGAUCCGGACGCAUGGUUGAGUCGGGCUGUGCAAUUUUUUGAGAUCAAUGACGUGCCAAGGUACGAGAGAGUUCAAAUUGUUGCUUAUCAUCUUGAUGGGGAAGCAAACGUAUGGUGGCAAUGGGUGAUGCACAAGAACCAUGGUGAGUAUAUGGGUUGGAGGGAUUUUGAAAAAGAGCUCAUUACAAGGUUUGGCUCGAGUGACUACCACGAUUACAUGCACCUGAGGGCCAUUCUUUCGACCCUUAGACGCGAGAAGUUAUAUGUAAAAUUCUCCAAGUGCGAAUUUUGGCUUCAGCGAGUGGCCUUUCUUGGUCACAUUAUUACUUCAGCAG